AUGGCUCUCGAUGUCCUCGCCGUGGCCCCUCUCUACCAGGGCCCUGACAUCAACAGAAUGAGGCUGACGGCAGAGCUGUCCAAAAAGCCGGCCUCCCCGCUAAAACCCUUGGUCCCCUCGAAGUCCAAACUCACCACCAUCGAGACCAAGAGGGUCAUGUCCGUACUGGACGAGACCAUCCACAAGGUGGAGCUGGUGACCCUGCUCUCACACUUGGCUUCCAAGGACGAGGCUCUGGAGGGGAUUCUGGGAGGGGACGUCAGGAGGGCGGUGAGAGAGCACGAGGACCUGUGUCGCAGCCUCCUGGACAGUGUCGCUUACCUGCAGGAUAAGGAGAGGCGGCUGCAGGAGGAGGAAGAGUCUGAGGACGAGGGAUGGCUCAGAGACCGCCUCCUCUCCGUGCAGCUGCAGAAAUCCAACCUACUGCCGCUCAUGGAGCACAUCAGAGAGUCCACCAAAGACGUCCUGAGACUCUUGCUCGAUAACCCGCAGGCGGCAAAGCUCUCGGAGACGCACGCGCUGGGCAGAAGCGCAGAAGCCCAGCGUUUUAUUGACUGCCUGAUGGAACUGCGGGGCUUCCUGUUCGAGAAGCUACUCACCAGCCCCAUGGAAGCCAGAGAGAAGACUCAGUUCAUACAGGAUGUCAGUAGACAGAACAGGAGGAACCAGGACAUCAUUGAUGCGCUGGAGAAUGAGUUGGCGGCGAGCAUGAAGAACAGGGACGCAGAGGUGGAGAAAGAGAACUUCGUGAUCCAAGAACUGAAAAACCACCUGCACCAGGUGCUCAGGCUCUCCGAGAACAACCUCCUUCGCACCAAGCGGGAGGCCGAGAAGCAGCAGAAGGCAGACUUCCGGGCCUCGCAGGCCAGGGUGGCCAAGAUCCAGCAGGAGAUACUGCUGCUGAGGUCACAACACCACAACCUGGUCGUGGAAAACCGGGAGGCAGAGCAGGCGCUGAGGAAGAAGAAAUACAAAGUGGAGACGGAAAUCGAGAACUGGAUCCAGAAAUACGACAUGGAGAUGGGCGAGAAGCAGGACGAGUACGAGGAGCUCGACAGCAUCCACAAGGAGGAGAAGGUCCAGCUGGAGGAGCUGAGGCAGAAGUACAAGGUGCUCGUGGAGGAGUUCGCCCAGAUCCGGGCCGAGCGGGAGGUCAAUGCCAAGAAGAAAACGGAGGCCGAGCAGGAGAUGCUGCGCAUGGUGCGGGCCGCCACGCUCAUCCAGGCCGUGUGGAAGGGCUACCUGGUCCGUUCCGUGCUCAGGUCCAGGAAAAAGCGAAGCCAGAGCAAAGGGAGGGGCAAGAAGGGCAAGGAGAAGGGCAAGGGCAAGGGCAAGGGCAGGAAGUGA